GUACCAGACUUUAUAUUGUUCAACUGCAAAUGAGUAGCAUCCCUCACCCUGCACCCCACCCGGUGUCACUGUGCUAGCAAUGUUGUCAGCACAUGACACACACUCUUGAUCAAGACCUUCAGGGCAGUUUCAUCCACAUUGUAGCUGACACUACUCAGCUGCAGACAUGAACAACCAAGGUGUGACUUAUGCGGAACUCCAUCAUGUUAAGGGCUCAAAAAGACAGCAAGUGCAACCUAAGGGCACGAAAAGUUCCAUUUCAGUAACUGAGGAGGAGAUAGCCUAUGCAGAAUUAAAUCUUCAAAAUGCCUCUCGGGCCCUUCAAGGGAAUGGCAAGAAGUCUCCCUGCAAAGGUAAAACAUUUAAUACACACACAGUAUACCUAGAAGAUUACAAUAGCAGAUACAGGUUUGGAGUCCACGUUUUUAUGUGGGAUUCCAUGUGCAUCCUUGGUUCUGUUUGUAAAUUUUCUAAAUUAUUAUUUCUGUACAUCCUUUCUCAGUGUUUUCAUUUCUCUUUCUACUAUUUAUCAUCAUGUCCAGAGAAGCUCAUUGCUGGGAUCCUGGGAAUCAUCUGUCUUGUCUUGAUGUCCACUGUGGUAAUACUAGCUGUUAAUUCUGCACAUCACUGUGGUCGUUGUCCAGAAGAGUGGGUUACGUAUUGCAACAAUUGCUAUUACAUCAGCACUGAAAAAAAACCGUGGAAUGAGAGUUUGAUGUCCUGUGCUUCUAAAAACUCUAACCUGCUCUCCGUAGAUAAUGAAGAGGAUGUGGUAAGAUUUCAAAUGCUUCCAGAGUUUAUUAAAAGCUUAUCAGUUAAUAUUAUAUUUGUAGAGCUCAUCCAUAUUUUUGUAAAUAUUUUUUUUGUUGCCUGUGGUUUUGGUAUCCAAGAAACCAUCGUCUACACCAAUGUCAAGGCUUCAAGAAUUCUCUUUAGCAUUUCAGUUAGGCAGGUCAAAUACUUAAAACUGGUUCUGACACAUGGUGGUCUAGAGACCACCACGAGAGUCAUGGUGCUGCUGUCCUCUGCCAUCCGGGGCAAGCUGAACCAUUGA